GAAUUAGUUUAUUCACCGAAGACUUCACACGUGGCUGUCGUGGCAAUCGACUUUGGCACAACUUACAGCGGAUUUGCUUUUUCAUUCCUGAAAGAUCACGGAACAAAUUCCAUUUUCACAAACAGAGAGUGGAUGAAUGAGCAAGGUAUUCGCACAAGUAAGACACCAACUUCCCUGCUGCUCAAACCAGACCUUUCAUUUGACUCUUUCGGAUACAAGGCAGUAGAAAAGUAUGCACAACUUCAGGAUGAGUCCAGUGAAAGGAGUUAUUACUUCUUCCAGCAUUUCAAGAUGGCUCUUCACAGCGAAGAGGUAUAGUAUAGAUCAUGCUAUGGAUACAUAAUGCACUGUCCUGAUUUGAACUUAACUUUAGUAUUAGCAACUGUAUGUCAGCUUAUUGCCAGGGUCGCGUAUUAAGUUUUUCAAGCACACUUUUGAGAGUAGUAAUACUAGCAGUAACCGAUGGUUAGAAAGUGCGGGCGAACUUAGAGAUGUGGUAAAUGAGAAACACUGAUAAUUAUGUACGUUAAUCAGAGAAAGCCCAUUUAGUUUCAAUGACAAAAGGAAUCGCGUCGGAUCAUGAACGUGUAAAUUUUAUUAAAAAACACAGUAAACAAGACUCAUAUUUAUUUCAAUAAAAUGUUUAGGUACAAUAGAGGAGUUCACGCUCAUUGUUGCAUCAUGGGUAAUCAGGGCUAGAUGGCGGGAAAUUCAAGGAUUUGUAUUAGAAUUCAAAGCAAAUUAACCCCUCCUGAAUUCAUAUAUUUGAUGCUUUCUCUUUGAAAAGAGGAAAUUAGUUCAAAGAAACAAUACACUAAAUCUGGAGUGCAAAGACGUCCGUAAUCAGUUUUUCGAAAACCUCGAUUUUUCCAUACAUUUUCUGUUAUUCGACAGUAUCAAGAUUACAGAAAAUGUAUGGGAAAAUUGAAGUUUCGAAAAACUGAUCAUGGACUUCUUUGCACUACAGAUUUAGUGUGUUGUUUCUUUGAACUAGUAGGUUACUCUUUCCAAAGAGAAAGCAUCAAAUAUAUGAAUUCAGGAAGAGUUAGCUGGCUUUGAAUUGUAAUACAAAUCUUUGAAUUUCUCGCCAUCUUGCUCGAUUACUUAUGACUCAACUAUGAGCAUGAACUCCUCUAUUAGCCUGCGAAUGAUGAGGAGCGAAGAAAGACGGCUGUUGAAAUUAAUCUUUUAAUGGCAGAAAAAAAAAUUCAACGGCUAGCUUUUAAAGAGCAUAAUUUGUUUACGUGCUGGCAAAGUUUUAAAAGGUAGACGUUCUCAGUCUUAAUAAGAUUGUAAGACUUUUUUAGUUGUUCGGGUAAAAGACGUUUGUCCACUUGCUCUUAAUAUCAGGGAAAAAACGUCGAGAAACCAGCUGCACCCAUAAACACAAACCAAAGACUGUGCGACUUUUCAAAAUAUUUAUUUAUAUGUGUCAACAUGCCCUCCAUGAUAACGAGCCAAGUGUUGUUGGCGCUAGCGUGUUUCUCUUGUGAUAUGAAUUUUUAAAUAGAGUAUUCCCUACCUACCUACCUACCUGCCUGCCUACCUACCUACCUACCUAUACUUAUUACCUGUGAUAAUUUAUGCAAUGAAGGCAGAAUAGAAAUAAGCAAAAUGAACUAUAUGCAGUUUAGAUUAACUACCAACGCUAAUUUUCACUGAAAGAAUUCAAAAGCCCUGUAUCCAAAGUUGUGCAGGGUACUGGGACUGUGUCCAAAUUGCAAAAAUUCAUCGACUUCGGCGUUCAAGCAUUGGUAUGCGAUACUGUUGUCACAAUUUGAUUGUGCAUUGCACUACUGGGAAUUUAAAAAAAAAAACCAAACAAACAAAUAAGGGAAUAAAUCUGGAGACUUUCUCUACUGUCAGAUUUCCAGAGGAUAACCACUUAAUAUGGUGUAUAUGAAUAAUUUCAUGACCCUUUGUGCUUUUUUGUUAUUUUAUGAACCGAUUUUUGAACAAACUCCUGUUUCAUCCUAGACUGUCAGCGUUCAAACUUCUAUCAAAGCAGCCAACGGAAAAAGCGUCAAAGCGUUACAAGUGUUCUCUCUCUCGAUCAAGUUUUUAAAGGAUGAAGCUCUUAAAGUUAUUUGUGAAAGGACUGGAGAUACAUAUUUCAAUGUGAACGAUGUUCAGUGGGUGCUAACUGUUCCAGCCAUAUGGACUCCGGUGGCAAAACAGUUCAUGAGAGAAGCUGCAUAUGAGGUUAGGGAUUUGAGAAGGAGAUUGCUAUUUAAGCGCAUUGUGAAUUGAAUGUUGAUUACUAUGCACAGAGCUCAUUACUAAGUCUCCACCACUUUAAACGCUCAUUAAGCUAAUCAGGUUCUGUUCAUGCUCUUGCUACAAAGUUUUCAAGAAUAUUCAUGUACUAAUCCUUACAAGGUUAGCAAGCUUACUUAUGUUACGUAUCAGGACUGGAUUUUUGCCAAGGCAUGACUAUGUAGAGAAACGCUUAAUGUUGACUAAACUCAAGAGGGCUUUCGUUCCCUGAGUGAGAUUCGCAAGAAGGAAAAAAGUGCCAAAAGUUGACUAAUAACUCCAAACUAGGGGCUGAAAGGCUCAAAAAUCUGAAACCCGACCUUUCGAGCAGCUACCUAACAGUUCUCUAUUGGUACUUACCCAUUACCACUUUAGUAAAGUGCGCAAAAAAAAAAAAAUUGUAUAUACCAAGCCAGUGAAGUAAUCCUUUUCGUGAACUCUGAUUGGCUGGCAAUUGUUCGCUUUGGUAUUUUCUAGGCACGUGAAAGAAGUUGUCGCUAUCUUUCACUACGGCCGCAAAGGAGUCACCAGAGAGUCGUAUGUUCAUGCCUUUUUUACACCCCACUAAAACUGGUCUAAUUCUCGUGAAAAUACCUAGUUAUGCGAUAUGUCGAGUAAGAACCGUUUGUUCUAGCGCGGGUGUUUACCAAUACGAGAUUUGAGCGAACAUGAUCAUAUUUCAACCUUGUUUUAAACUCGCUAAAUUGACGCUGGGGCGUUUAACGGUUUUCUUAGGCUUUGUCACAAACAAACAGGCCCCAGUUGUUCAAAUCGUGGAUGACGUUAUCCUCUGGAUCAUGUAAUAUACUUAUAUCAGUGAAUACCACAAACUAUUGCCGUAUAUGAUAUGGAACUACAAUGGUUUACUGACUAUUUGUUCAUUCGCAAGGAGAUCGUUCUAUUUAGUGGUGUACUUUCUGAACCAAAUCCUGUUUACACAGGAGUUCCUCAAGGAAGUAUUCUGGGGCCUCUCCUUUUUCUCAUCUUCUUAAAUGAUGUGCCAUAGUUAAUUGAGUGGAAUAGGUUAUGAAACCCGUCAGACUCCUUUGUUAUAUGUUUUUGUGGGCCUGAAAGUGCACAACGUUCAAAAGCGUUCCUUUCAUUUUGAUUGUAUUGACCAAUAAAAACGUUGCAUUAAUUUAUUCCAUAAGAAUUUGCCAACAGAAAACAAAGGAUCGUGCACUUUCAGAGUGCUUCCAACAUAUACGCAGCACUGUUGUUUUUAUCAUUGAUGUUUGCCGCUUUUCAUUACCAUUCUUCUCUAAUAACUAUGGAUGUGCAUAGUCCCCUUCAUCAUUGUAAGAUUAUCACCUAUGCCUAUGAUACUGUGAUUUUUAUGUCCUAAAAUAAUUUCGAUGUGAUACAAGCCAACCUUUCUCAGGACUUGGCGUACCUCUCUAAAUGGUUUCGUGAUAAUAAACUUAUUCUUAGUAAUCUAAAGAAGAGAAACUGAGGUGAUACUUUUUGGCACCAGUAAACGGUUGAAUCUGUUUCAUGGCCGUCAAGUUAACCUCUCGGUCAAUGGUUCUCCUGUUAACACCACUACAUGUUGUAAGUACCUUGGCGUGAAUCUGGACCCGACACUUAAUUUUGAUACACAUUUUCACAAAAUUUACAAGAAGGCAGCAGGAAGAGUGAACCUCUUUCGGCGCAUCCGUUCCAGCAUUGAUACUUUUAGUACAACACGAAUUUACUAAUCGAUUAUUGUGCCAAUAUUUACGUAUUGCGGCUAUAAUAGUCUUGGAUUUUCAGAGUCCCACAAACACAUGAUCAGUUCCAUUGAGAAACGAAGACUCGAAAUCAUUACCCCAAAAUGCAGACCGAAGAACUGCGACCUUCGAUUUUUAGCAAUUGAAAACGUGCUGCUUUGUUUUUGACUGCCUCAAUGCAACUACAUGUUUCCCAUUUAGGGCCUGUUUACAUGGAGUGGGGGACCCCGGUCUAGUGGGGUUGGUUUCUUUUGUUUUCACUCUCUGGGGAACACAAAACAAAAGAAACCUACCCCACUAGACCGGGGUCCCCCACUCCAUGUAAACAGGCGCUUAGGAAUUAUUUUCAACGAUUUCACCAUAACUCUUUAAACACCAGAAACAAUGGGAAAGCAGCAAAACUACCCAAGGUGAAACUGUAUUCUCACUGGGGGCCGUCACGCACAAACGCUCUCUGUGUCCCGUGGGACCCGUGCACUGUGGAUCUGCAGGGGAACUCGUUUUACUCAUAUAUUUGUGUGUUUGGUAUAAAUUGGCCGGUUUUCAUGCUUUUUCUUCCUCUCUUCGUUAAAACGGACACCAGACACCUAGUUUGUCGCCCCACCCACCUCCCCGCAGCAAUGGCACACUCUGGCGCCUUAUUUCCCUCUCCUUUUCGCCUCCGGGCUUGCCUCUUCCCACAACUCAUACCAAGAUAGUGGCGUUUGCAAGUAGGGGCUCCCAGUGAGAAUUUAUUACUGUUUGGCUGUAAACGUCAGACUUGUAGAAGCACGCAAUUUAAUAUUGAUUUUUGGAAAAUAUUUUCUUGUUUUAUUGGACGUAAUAAAAUAUAGCUAUAUUCCGUUGUUUAUUUUCUAUGGUGCUACGCAUUCGCUAAGAACGAUAAUAUUUAUCCACAAUAGCUGUAGUUUUCUUUUCUUGACGAUAAGAUUUCUGGAGCUUGAUUCACCAUAGUCAAACAUUUUGUAGGUAUUUUCGUUAUGUUUUACACCCUAUUGCGAACUUUAAUUUGUUGCAUAUUUCUGACAGUUUUACAGUUUUUAUUUCGAAAUUGAACAUGAUGAAAAAUUACAGAAGCGUGAAAGGAAAUGUGGUUAAAAGAGACUGUUUUUUUUUUAAUUUUAAAUUUUCUAUCCAAGGCUGGCUUGGGAUCCUCGGACAAACCCGAACAAAUAAUGAUUGCUCUUGAACCCGAAGCUGCUGCACUUUCCUGUCUUGAAAAAACCUUGGACGCGUUCAAGUCAGAGAAAGGUACUGGAUCCGUGUACGGAUUGCUGGCACAACCUAACACUCAUUACAUGGUAGUAGAUAUCGGAGGUAAGUUUACGACGUGUUAUAGAAUUGAUAUAUUUUAUUGAACGGUUUAGUGUUUAGUAUCGUGGGAUAUUUUUACGAGUCAAAAUACUGGAGACGUUUGUAGAAAAAAACGGUCAAACCGGUCUUCUGGAGUGCAAAUACUGUGAGAUAUUUGUGCUCGUUUUAGCCUUAUUUGUACUCUACUUAGUGAAGUUGAAUAAUAGAUCCCUGCUGUACGCAAGUACGAAUGUGUGCUGUCGUAAUUUGUAAUAAUCAUCCCACUUUCUAUGUACCUUUCGCAAUUUGUAAUAAGUUUGUCGCACUUCGUAAUAACUGUCCUGGCACUUUGUAAUUAUAAUAAACUAAGCUGUCGCGAUUUCUAAUAAUUCCAUCGCACUUUGUAAUAAACUUUUACAGUGUGACUACACGAACCGAGGCCAUUCAAACAAAAUGAGAAGUCGAGAUCUAAACAUUGAAAUUGCGCAUAAUUGUACUCAGAACCAGUUCAAAAUACGUUGCGGACCAUUUUUCUAAAAGACAUAAAAAAUAAGGAAUCGUGACGCUUGUGAAGAAGUGAAGCUUAAAAAUGUUUUCACCUUUGACAACGUCUGGGCUUGCCGGAAUCAAAGCCAGCAGUAGAAAAAUUUUGGGCAAUCCGAACUAAAGGCAACGGUCGCUCAAUUCACGGUAAACGGGCGCUCAGCAAGUGAAUCGCAGUGUCUGUGAUUUGAGAGCGCUAUCAACAAAGAUAUGGGGCCGGAAUUACGAUACAUACGCACUCGCCCAGCUUGGCCCGCAAAGACAAAACUGUGAAUGACUCUAGACUGCUCAAGAAUAGCCAAGGAAACAGCCAUGGUUAGUGGAAUUUUUGUCCAGGGAACGUGGCAGACAUUGCUUUAUUCUUGCAAGUGACAAGACUAGGAAAGAUCAGAAAAAAUCUUCGAAGCAAACUUACCGCGGUGAAACACAGAAACAACUUCGGAUCAAUUUGGCUGAGGUGAACUAAUUAAAAGUUAGAACAACCAAAGAAAUUGUACCUUCUUACCAAGUAUAAGGAUACGUAAGGGAUUUGAAAAGGAUUAUUGCCAGGUUUAGGACUUCGUGACAUAUCAACCCAAGCCGUUUUAAGUGAGGUAAAUUUUUGGCUUUUGCGUACAGAUCAUCUUUUACAACAACAUGACUUAAAAUUAACAGAAUUUUGUAAUUAACAUAUCCAAAAAUGUAUAAUUUAAAUAUUAAUGUUAGUAAAUAUAACUCUUUUACUUAAUGAGUGGAGAUAUAAGCAAUUUUCGUAGUGUACGUUGUUGAUGACUUCAUCAACUUAGAUUGUGGGGUACCAUUCAUGUUUUUGAAAACAUAAUAAUGUUAACGAAGUAAGUUAAAUAAAUCUCAAAACGUUGAUUACAAAGUAUGAUGGAAUUAUUAAAAAUUGCGAUAGCUUUCUUUACUUCAAAGUGCGAUGGACAGUUAUCACAAAUUGCAGCAGUUUUUAAUUAGUUUUUCAAAGUGGGACAAAGUGCGAUGAUUAUUACAACUUACGACAAUACACAUUUCGAGGUGGGCUCCUCCCACUUAUGUCCAGAAAUGCAUGCAACGGCAAAAUGGCGAAAAAUCACCAGAGGGCUGGCGACAAAUUUAAAUGAGGUUACAAGAGGAGCUCCUUACAUGCAAAGUGGCGGAUUAUUUUUAAUUACGUUCUGAUUAAAUGGAAAAAAAUUCCUUGAAAUAAUUUGGGUCAUUCACUUAUACUUUAUCCCUGUAUCCAAGGUUUGGAAAAUACGGGGAUGAAGACGAAUGAAUUUUACACACUGAACUUAACACAUCGCAACUAAAAGAACAAGCUGUACGAAUAAUUGAACAACAAUGCAUCUUCAUCUCUGUUACCUUGCGAUAAGAGUAGCUAUGCACUUAACGGGGAAAAUACUUGACCGCUGCAUGGCUCAGCCCGAAGAACCCUUAUUACAAGCAUGUGAUUUGGCACGUUUUCAGAUGCUAGCCAUCUUGCAGAUAGAAGUGUUUAUAUUGAACCAAACGCCGUACCAGACUUUUAAACCAUAGAAUUUUACUUUUUCUCUCGCCACGCGUGGCACUGAGGAAAGAGGGACGACCGCUCGUGGUCUAGAACUAUUACAUUUCCCCGCUGACGUCUUGGCUAGGCUGUUGAUAUCAGCAGUGAAGAGCUCGAGCAUACUUCCUUAUGCUACUUUUUGAGGGCUUAUUAUGGGAAGUACAAAAAGGUCUUGUGUUUUUGUUUUGUUUUGGUUUAUUACUACAUUUUUUGUGAUUAGGGGGUACCCUUGACGUGACUGUACAGGAGUUACAGAAGAACGGUUCAAUUAAAGAAGUCCAUAAAGUCACAGGAGGUCCGCAUGGCGGUAUUAGAGUGGACCAACAAUUUGAGAGCCUUCUUGAGGAGCUGUUUGGUGCGCAGAAUAUUGGAAGGUACCGCCAUGAGCAUCGUUCUGAUUGGUUAACCCUUAAGAACGAUUUUGAAGCAAAAAAACGCGCAGACCGGAUUUUAGACAACGAAGUGAUGACAAACAUUCGCCUUCCAGGCAGUUUUCAGUCCCUGGCAAACAAAAAUCAGACUAAAGACAUGCACAGCUAUGGAAGCAGCAAUGUAAAGCUUAAGAAUGGUGAAUACCUCGCUCUUAGCUCGAGAAUGAUGAAGAAUCUCUUUGACCCCAUCGUUAACCACAUCAAGGACCAUCUGAAAAACUUGCUGCAGCAACCAAAGCUCUCUAAAGUGAAAAUCAUGUUGCUCGUUGGAGGGUUUGCUGAUUCUGCUCUUCUUCAGCAAGAAAUAAGAGGUGCCUUCUCAAACAGAGUGAAAGUGCUCGUUCCCAACAAAGCCAGCAUAGCAGUGGUUCAUGGAGCAGUGCUCUUCGGGAAAAAGCCAGAACGAAUAACCGAAAGGGUGGUUGCUACAACUUACGGCGCAGACUGCUCGAGGGAUUUCAUUCAUGGUGUACAUCCAGAAGAGAAGAAAUUUAUUGCAGAUGGCAUUGAGAAGUGUAGUGAUUUGUUUAAUCUGUUUGUGCGCGAAAACGCCUCGGUGCGAUUUGGGCAAAAAAUUACAAGCCCUUACACUCUUAUUCGGGCAAAUGACACGGAGAUACGCUUUAACUUUUAUUCUGCCAUCAAUCCUGAUUCCCAGUUUGUUACAGAUCCUGGUAUGAGGAAACUCGGGAGUGUCACCGUUCUUUCCCCUGACACGUGGAGAGGGAAAGACAGAAAAAUCGAAGUCAGCAUGGAAUUCGGUGGAACGGAAAUCACUGCUAGAGCUCGGGAUGUUUCAAGUGGAAACGUGGCCCAAACUGCAAUUGAUUUUUUGCACAAUUAG